GGAGGUAAGAAACAACGGCGGCUUUUACUCUCUGGGAAGACUAAUCUUGAAAUGUAAUAACGGCGUGAGGUUAGACUGGUUUUCAAAGAGUCGGGGUAAAAAUCAACGGUGACUUGCUGCUUAGAAGAACCUUAAUCGUUAAUUUGAGGAGUUUGUGAAUAUAUUGUAAAGGCAACAAUGAUUCCUCAUGGAGCAUCUCUAGCUCAUCAAUCAUCAACUAGUACUACGUCAACGCCAGAAAGUGCAGCUGGGAGAAGUUCUGCUGUUAAACCAAACUAUACAUUGAAAUACACACUAACCGGACAUACUAGAUCUAUAUCAUCGGUCAAAUUUAGUCCUGAUGGAAAAUGGCUUGCAAGUUCAUCUGCCGAUAAACUCAUUAAAAUAUGGGGAUCUUAUGAUGGAAAGUUCGAAAAAACUAUCGAAGGUCAUGAAUUAGGAAUUUCAGAUGUAGCAUGGUCAAGUGACAGUAGGCUAUUAGUUUCUGCUUCUGAUGAUACAACUCUCAAAAUAUGGGAGCUUAGUUCGGCUCGAUGUUUAAAAACUUUGAGAGGUCAUAGUCAUUAUGUUUUUUGCUGCAAUUUUAAUCCUCAGUGUAAUCUUGUCGUUUCUGGUUCAUUUGAUGAGAGUAUUAGAAUUUGGGAUGUUAUAACAGGAAGAUAUUUGAGAAUAUUACCGGCGCACUCUGACGUUAUAAGUGCAGUUGAUUUCAACAGAGAUGGAUCCUUAAUUGUUUCGAGCAGUUAUGAUGGUUUGAUUCGCUUAUGGGAUACUGCGUCUGGGCAAUGCUUAAAAACUCUAAAGGAAGCUGAUACUCUUGUAUCAUUUGUUAAAUUUUCUCCAAAUGGCAAAUAUAUUUUGGCAGCAACUCUUAAUCACACUUUUAAGUUGUGGAACUACAGUAAAGGGAAAUGUUUAAAAACUUACACGGGUCAUCGCAAUGAUACAUACUGCAUGUCCGCCAAUUUUUCCAUCACAGGAGGAAAGUGGAUCGUUUCUGGUUCGGAAGAUAAUAUGGUAUAUAUCUGGGAUAUACAGACAAAGGAAGUUGUUCAAAAACUUGAGGGUCAUACAGAUGUAGUACUUUGUACAGCAUGUCAUCCAACGGAAAAUAUUAUUGCUUCAGGUACUCUGGCUAAUGAUAAAACUAUAAAAUUAUGGAAAAGCGAUACAUAAGAUUAUUCAAUUUAAGCAAACUGUUAUGUGUAUAAAUUUUCGUUACUUCAUUUCUGUAAAUAACAUUACUACAAAACGUUUAUUAUGUAAAAACAUUUUUAUUUUUUAUAUUUUUGUAAUUUAAAAAAUGAGUUUUAAGUCGCAUUCAGUGGAUAUUUCGGGGUAUUUAAAUAAUAGGUGACUGAUUUUAUAAUUAAUAAAAAAGAAUAUUAUAUACUUCAUUUUUAUAUUACUUUAAAUUUCUAAGUCAUAAAUAUCAUAAAAAUUAA